AGCGGCGGCGGGAGACUACGGAGUUUACCGCCGGAAAUUCUGAAGCCUUGACCAUGGAGAGCCGGCCCGUCUCUCUAGCUAGAGAGGCUUACUUCCGCCCCGUUAAGGGAUGGGGGCGGCCAUCUUGAGUGCGUGCAAUUAAAGGCCUUGGCGGGAUUGGUCCGCGUCCGGGCUCUGCUGUUGCUCCGAGGGUUCCACAGCGAACCCUUCCCUGCGUGGAGGAGGGCCUGCUGACGCCCGAUUCCUUUUGCAGGUGAAGGAUGACCCCAGCACGCACUUCUACGGGACCUACGACUUACCCUCCUUAGGUCAUAUCCUCUGGGAAAAUACCAGACUGUCCUAAACCUACCCUGCUAGGAGGCUAGAAGAGGGUUCGAAGUAAGGAGGUGUGUCUUGGGGCCGCCUGUCCUUCCGAUCCUGGAAAGGUGUGGAUACACGUUGAGGAGCAGAAGAAACUCUUUAAAUUCUGGAAAUAGUGACUCAGUAUCAUGGCCAGCCGCCUUAAUGAAGAUCCAGAAGGAAGUCGAAUCACUUAUGUAAAAGGAGAUCUUUUCGCAUGUCCCAAAACAGACUCUCUAGCCCAUUGUAUCAGUGAGGAUUGUCGAAUGGGUGCCGGAAUAGCUGUUCUCUUCAAGAAGAAAUUUGGAGGAGUACAGGAACUGUUAAGUCAACAAAAGAAGUCUGGAGAAGUGGCUGUUCUGAAGAGAGAUGAGCGAUAUAUAUAUUACUUGAUUACAAAGAAGCGGCCUUCACACAAGCCGACGUAUGAAAACCUACAGAAGAGUUUAGAGGCCAUGAAGUCCCAUUGUUUGAAGAAUGGAGUCACUGACCUCUCCAUGCCCAGAAUUGGAUGUGGCCUGGAUCGUCUGCAGUGGGAAAAUGUAUCUGCGAUUAUUGAAGAAGUGUUUGAGUCAACAGACAUCAAGAUUACCGUGUAUACACUCUGAACAGAUGGCAAUUCUGGAUGGGCCCAGUCUUUUGUGUCAAUCCCUACUUGGCUGUAGGACUAAGCAAUUGUAGGACUUAAUGGCCAGAGGACAGUCGGUGUGAGGGAAUCUGUGUCACAGAUGAGGGCUUCUGUAUUCCAAAAGGAUAUGGUGGGCACUGCGCCCAAGCAGUGUUGCUGUAUUCUUUUGCAGGAGGGUAAGGUCUGUCACUAACCCAGGAAACCAGAUAGGUAAGCUGUUCUAGGGCCUGUUUUGUUUGUCCACUACUGGGUUUGUUUGGCUGGUCACUAGGUGGCAGCAUUGGUUCUAAUUUUUCUUUUAAAGAGACAUUAUGGGAAGGGUAACCUUUUGAGAUUCUUCACGUCUCUUGUGUUUGUACACAUAGUGUUAGUUUGAUGUCAUCAAAAAAUCAUCAUAGGAAAGGGUAUGGUUGUUACAAAUGUCACCAAGGAGUUUGUGGUGACAAGAGUGGAACAAUAAACCUUUCUCUUAGGUUCACUGA